AUGCCUUCAGGUUCCAAGAGCAAGAAGAAGAAGAGUAAAAGCAAGGGCGGUGUUAAAAAGCAUGCUGUGGAGAAAGUGGCGCCUCCUAUUGAGGCGGAGAUCAUGGAUGAGAGAGAUGAGUCAGAUUAUCCUACAUCUAGAGUAAUAAAAAGAGGGCCCAACGGAGAUGUGAUUGUGGAGUCUCUACCGGAUAAGUCGACAUCGGGUAAGAAGUCGAAGAAGAAGGGCAAGCUUAGUGACUUAGAAGUCUCCGAGAGUGCGAAGCAGAUGGGUAUCACUUUAGACUCGCAUUGGGAAUCUCUGUCUCCUGAUGAGAAGAAGAAUAUUCUGCGUAUUGAAAAGGAAGAAGUAUUGGAGAUAAUACGAAAUUACCAGAAUGAUCAUAACUGUAGUUGCUCAGUGUGUGGGCGUCGUCACAUGGCUAUGAACCAAGAAAUGGAACGAAUGUACAAUUUAUUGUAUGAAUUAGAGGAACAGCGAGAUCCCGAUAUGAAUCCUGUGAAGUUUCACUUGGGAAUUAUAAAAGAACUACAAAUAUCAAAGAAUAAGCAGAUUCUGGAUCAAACCGAAGGGCCAAAUGAUAAUACAACACAUGAGGAAGUAGUGAAAAACUUUCUGAGUUCUGAUAUUGCAGAUAAACUUAAAGAAGAAGUGCAUCAAUUCAAGCAAAAGCAGCUUUCGAAGCAAGAAUGCAAUAGGCCGUCCAGUCUCGCUAACGACAAUAUAGAAGAAGAGAUACCGUGCGCGCAGAUUCCGCAAGCUAAUGAAGAAGCUAUGACAAAAGAUAUACAGAAAACAUUGGAACAGCUAUCUGUAGUAGAACCUGUAAGCAAGAUAAAUGUAAUACAAGAGGAUGAUUUGGGCGAGAUAAAGGAAGAAAAUAAAGAAUAUUUGAAAUUUACUGAAUCUUUCAUUUCUUCCCAACCAAAGAUUGCACAAAAGUUUAUUCAAAAGCUCGAUGAGAAUCCAUGUAUGAAAGCAAUCACUGAUGAAGUGAUGCAAAAUAGCAGUUAUGAAUUCUUAGAUGCCCUAAAGAACUUAUGGGCACCAAAUCUGUUGAAGAUUGUAGAGUCAGAAGAUGAUGAUAAUCUUGUAAAUUUAAAUGAAACUUUAGACCCUAUAGAAUUUACAACUAUGUUACAUCAUGGUAACCCACUUUCUCAGCAAGACUACUAUGAUUUACAAGGCGCAAUAUCUAGAAAAGUCGUAAAUGCCUUCAAUUUUGAGAAUCGCAAACUGGAACACCUUUCUCCUUUGGAAGUAGAGCUAUUUGGUCGUUUCAUGUCUAGUGAUCAGGACAACAUAUUUCACAAUAUGCUCUUAGAAGCAUACAAUGAGCGUUUCAAGGAAGAACCAUUCAAAAUGAUGAGCAACAUACCACAAAUUAUAAAAGCAGUUGCUACUCUUACGAACCUUGAUGGGAGGAUGAUGGAUGAUGUUGAUGAAAAUCAUUUUACAUCGGAAGAAGAACGAUAUGAUGAUGACAUCACAGAUUAUUCUGAUUCAGAGUACGAAGAUUAUGACUCAGAAUACGACGAUAUAGAUAAUGGAGAUAUUAUCUCAGAUGUUGAUGAACCUUUCAGUACCUUGAAGUCAGAUCAAUUAAGAGUAAAUUAUGACACCAACUCUGGAAAUAUAAACCAUAGCGACAAUUAUGAGAGCAACUCACGCCUGCGAGAAGUCACGGAUGAGAAUGAAGAAAAUCUCCAGUAUGAUACCCCACAGGAGAAGUAUAAUUAUUCUGAUCAUGGUAAAGAUCAUGGUACUAUUGCUGAUGAGGAUGAAGAUAGUAUUGAUGAAGGGUAUGAGAGUAGCAUAGAUGAUAUGGAACGGUUAGAAGAAGGCAGAAGGUUAAUUCAGAUUGCCAUUACAAAACUACUACAAGGAAGAAUAAUGGAGUCAUAUCAUGAGAAGGAAGCUGAUAGUAAUAGACUAAAACUUCUAAAAGAACUUGAAGAAGAGCAAAUGAAGAAGAAAGAAAAAGAAGUUAAGAAGAUCAAGAAGAAAGAGAAAGAGAAAGAGAAAAGGAGACUACAACAACUGGCAAAGGAAGAAGAAAAACGCAAAAAGGAGGAGGAAGAAAGAUCUGCAAGGGAAGAGCAAGAAAGAAGAGAGAUGGAAAGACGUGAAGCUCAACGGAAGAAGGUGGAAGAAGCCAAGCGUAAGAAGGAUGAAGAGAGGAGGAGGAAAUUAGAGGAGCAAAGGAAGCGUGAAGAGCAGCAGGAAAAGCAGCGUAAAGCGAAAGAGGAACAGAAGAGAAAACGUGAAGAAGAAAAGAAGAAGAAAGAAGAGUUAGAAAGACAAUUGCGGGAAGAAGAGCUAAUGAAAAAGAAGGAAGAGGAAGAAAGAUUGUUAAGAGAAAAGGAGAGAGCUGAAAUAUUGAAAAAAGAAACUGAACUCGCUAUGAGCAUGAAGGAAAAUCAUUCCUCGCAAUCGCUAUCAAUACAAAAUCAAUUUUUCUCAAACCCUCAGAACAGUAAUAUAGGAAUGCAGAACUAUUUCAAUAAUGAUCUAGAUAACACAAAUGCAGGUCUUGGUAAUGGCGGUCCGACAAAUCUUGGUGUCAGAAAAAACUCUCACGUGCUUGGUUUAACUCAAGUUUAUUCUGACAAGGCAAAUAAUUCACCAGGUAAGAACGAUGACAACAAUGAGAUCAAUAAUGAAAUUCUUAAUAUUAUCAAUGCUGCAACUACUGCAAAAUCAGGAUCUCGCACAUCAAUGGACAUGCAAGCUCUUUUACAACCACCAUUUACUGAUAAUGUAAAUGACCAGAUACGUUCUAGUAAUCUCAUCAAUGAUCAAGCUAGUGGCAUGAACUCUAAUGGGCUAAGCACCAACUUUCAUUCCCCAUACGGUAGUAACGUAUUUUCUGGUGAAAAUCAAUUGAGUAACAACCUGCAAAACGAUAUCUUGACUGGUUUGAAUGCUGAUACAUCUUCUACAAACUUAGCAAGUUGGACUUCACUCCCCGCCCUCAAUAACUUAAACGCAAACCAGCAUAUCCUGUCUAAUAACCAGACACCAUUGCAUCAGCAAAAAGGAACAUCUCCAAUUUCCAAUACGAUGAUGGAUACGAAAAGAGACUACUUGGGUGAUGAGUUGAGUAAGUUGACAACUAUGUUAACAACCAAUAGUCUGAAUGAAUCCCCUGCAUUCAGUUCAAGUAACUUGCAAAGUUCCCUGUGGAAUGAUCAAAACUCUAGCGGAAAAACUCCUUUGGGAAGUAAUACUACACAAAUUCCUCUAUCUCAACCAGCUUUUCUAGGAACGGAGCCUCCUGUGCACCGAAGCUCUAUAUGGGGAGAUAGCAGUGCUAGCAUGUUUAACUUUUCACAAAGGUUAUCGGUUCCUACAAAUUCAAAUAGUGUGUCAUCUCAAACUGUUCCUAAUCAAAACAUAGGUAUGGGAUCUUCGUUCACUAAUCCCAGCAUAUGGUCAACAGGGUCUGAUUUCAACGUGCCUUCCAGGGAUAUGAAUUCAGGAGUUGCAUUUACCAAUUCCUUCUCCAAUACCUCUCCAAGAAAUCAGUUUGCCUUGAAUUCUGGGAGCAUGUUACAAAAUCAAUCUCAAAGACAAAAUAUUAUGGACAAUAUAAGGUUACUAUCUAAUUCGCCCCAGAAUAAUGGUUAUAUUCCAAUAGAUUUAUUGUAUCAGUCGAUCAAUAAGCAAUCAACAUCAGAUUUCCCGAGCUUCUUGAACAAUGUCAUUGAUCUGGAGCGAAGUCAUAAUUACGAUCUUGUAAAAGAUCAAACAGGUGUCAUUAAUGGUGUGCGCGUUGGAAGUGAAAACAGGCCGGUAUCGACAGCGUUCUCCAAUUUCCAUCAAAACAUGGAUCCUACGAUGAAAGGUCCUGAACAUUUAUCGAACAGUAUUCCUGGCACUGCCCGAAACUUCGAAGGAAACUCGUAUCUAGCCAAAGAAGCUACCAUGAAUAUUAUCCCAUCAUCGUCAUUAGAUCGUUAA